UUUGCAAAACCAGCUUCUCAUUUCCCUCACUUUGUCUGCAUCUCUGAGAUACAAACAAAGCCAAAAACAAGUGCAUAUCAAGUGUGAUAACCAUGGCAGGUUCUUCUACAACUAGAGCCUCAGCUUGUUCUCUUUUGCUUUUAUUCCUUCUCUUUGGCUUCUCUGCUGCUAUGGAUAUCUUGGUUGGAGGCAAGAUAGAUGCAUGGAAGGUCCCAUCUUCUGAAUCAGACUCACUCAACAAAUGGGCACAAAGGGCCAGGUUCCAAAUUGGGGACCAUCUCGUCUGGAAAUAUGAUGGUGGGAAAGAUUCAGUUUUGGAAGUGAGCAAGGAAGAUUAUGAAAAGUGCAACAUCUCAAGCCCCAUCAAGGAAUACAAUGAUGGGAACACAAAGGUGAAGCUUGAUCAUCCUGGUCCAUUCUACUUCAUCAGUGGAGCAAAGGGUCACUGUGAAAAAGGUCAGAAGCUGGUUGUGGUGGUUUUGAGUCCAAGGGGAGGAAGAAACACUGGUACCAAUGUUUCACCUGCACCUGCAAGUGCACCUGUUCCAACAGGGUUUGAAGGUCCAGCUGUAGCUCCAAGUCCAGUCAGCAGUGCCACUGCUUUGCAGGGUGGUCUUGUGAUGUUGAUGGGAGUACUUGCCAUGUGGGUUUUCUGAUGUGAUGUGAAUUUUCAAUUUCAUUGGAUAUUCAUAAAUCAUAGAUAUUAUUAUUGUUAAGAGACUGUCACAUUGAGGUGAUUUUAAGUCUUAUUAUUAUGCUACAAUCAUAUAGAUAAGAAUUAUAUAAUCUCUUGGAGUA